UGCACCACCCUGUCCCAAAUCGCUUCGUUGACUUUCAAGAGAGUCGUGAAAACUGGAAGAAAAUGAACUGGAUCGUAGUUGGCUUCAGUCUCACGGUCGUCUGCUCGGCUUCAAGUGGAAGCGGUGUUCGGGCUGGCGUCGUGACUCGAGCCAACUUUGAUGAAGCCGAAAAACGUGUCAAGGAGCUCGUGGACCUCUUCUCCAACAUAAAAUACAGCAUGCGACCGCGCCAUUGCGCCGACCAUAUGAAGGCGGGUCAAACGACUAGUGGCCUCUACAAUAUAUUCCUUGGGAAAGAGGACGGCACAAGAAAAGUCGUCUACUGCGACAUGGACACGGACGGAGGAGGCUGGACGGUCAUCCAGAGACGAGGACAGUUCAACAACAACGUGUACUACUUUUACCGGAACUGGACCGAGUAUGCCACCGGGUUUGGUGAGCCGGCCAAGGAAUACUGGCUCGGCAACAGAGCGCUGCAUGCUUUAACGUCGACUGGAGAACGCAUGGAGCUGAGAGUUAUGUUGACGAACCACAGCGGUGAAAGCGUUUCCAUGGACUACGACAGCUUCAGCGUCGGCUCUGAAGAUGAAGGCUUCAAAAUGCGCUUAGGCGCGUACCUAGGUCCCAAUGGUUGGGACGCUCUCCAUCAGUGCAACGGCACCGGCUUUUCCACUUUCGACCAGACCCACAACAGCGGGAGCGGCCACUGCGCGAAGAAAUACCGGGGUGGCUGGUGGUACAACGAUUGCCACACGGCCAACCUGAACGGCCUCAACUUGAACGGUCCCCACGACAGCUACGCCGACGGCAUCGAGUGGAGCGUCCGGAGUGGCAGUGUUUCCCUUUAUUACUACUCAUAUCCCAGUGUGACAAUGAUGACGAGACCCGCGAAACUGAAUGAAAAUCACAAGAGCAGCUCUCUUUAAGCGAAUGUAGGUACGUGAAUCAACACUGCUGAAAUAAAGUUGGGCAAGUUGUUGCGUAA